AUGGAAUCUUUAAAACUACUAAAAAAAACAAUUACAUCAUGGAGCGUUGAAGAAGUUGUUCAGUGGCUAAAACAUAUAAAUUUUUCUCAAUAUGAAAAGGAAUUCCAAGAAAACAAUAUAUCAGGAGAUAUUCUAAUACACUUAGAUCAUGAAUCACUCAAAGAAAUAGGAAUUUUGAGUGCAGGUCAUCGACUAAGUUUCCUUAAAGCAAUAUAUCGUAUCAAGGUUAAUCAAGAUAUUCUUAUUGAGCCGGAGCAUUAUAUACCAAUUUCAGUAGAAAUGGACGAAUUUAAUGAAUACGAUAGAUUAGGAUCUAGUGAAAUUUCAAGAUUAACACAAGCUAUCCGUUCUCAUAACAAACACUUAAACAAUUUUGAAGAGGAAAUAAAAAUUUUGAAAAAGAAUUUAUCUAAAGUCCAAGAAGAUAUAGCUUCUAUUUUUAAAAUUAUUAAAGAUUUCAAACAUUUUCAAAAAUCAGAAAGUUCAACACUCAAUUAUGACAAAUUAUCAUUAAAUAAAAAAUUCCAUGAGAACCCUUUAGAAUUAAAAACUAUACCUACUCAUUCUCAGAUAUCCCCUAUACAGAUAGAUUCUGAACUCGACUCACCAAUAUUUACAGGAAAAACACAAAGUCAUCGAUUUUUGACAUCAACUAUUCAAAAUAAUCAAGUUCUCGAAGCAACUCGGAAAAGCUCUGAUAAAAUUAAAGAAGAAUAUCCAGUAGAUGAAGAAAACAAGUCACCAGUUACAUCUCAAAAAUCACAUGAAAGUAUGGAAAUGUUUAAAUCUUUCCGUGUUGGGCUGAAUGAUCCAUGUCGAAAAGUUUUACUUGCUGCAUUAAAGAAAUAUAAAAUAAAUUCAGACUGGAAAGAAUAUGCAUUAGUUUUAUAUUAUGAUAAUAAAGAGAGAUACAUAGAACUUAAUGAAAAACCUUUAUUAUUAUUCCAAAAAUUACAAAAAAAUGAAAAAAAACCUAUUUUUAUGUUAAAACAAAUCAAGAAACCUAUUACUUUAAAUCAAUUCUCUAAUUCUAUUCAAGAAAUUAAAACAGAGUCUGAUACGCCCAAUACAUUCGAUAAUACAUUAUAA